UAUGUUGAUUUGUUUCAAUUUUUAAUAUGUGAAGUGUUUGAUAGUUACUAUUGAGUAUUUGGUUGUGGGUCACGAAUAAUGAUUUUUCAUACAAAGCUGGCGAGCGGUGGCGGUGGCGGGCGCGGGCUGUUCUGCUACCACUGCCCGCCGAGCCUGCCGCCGCACCAGCACCGGCUGCCGACCCUCGAGUAUCCCUUCACAGCCUCACAUCCUUAUACAAGCUACUCGUACCACCCGGCGAUACACGAUGACACGUUCGUGCGUCGGAAGCAGAGACGGAACCGCACCACCUUCACACUACAACAGUUGGAGGAGCUGGAGACGGCGUUUGCGCAGACGCACUACCCCGACGUGUUCACAAGAGAGGACCUCGCGCUUAAGAUCAACCUCACCGAGGCUAGGGUGCAGGUGUGGUUCCAGAACCGAAGAGCGAAGUGGAGGAAGGCAGAACGCCUGAAAGAGGAACAACGGAAGAGGGAAGGGGAUGUGCUCACCAAACGGGAUCCCGCCGAUGAUAAGGGUUCAUCAGAAUGUGGUAUGUCUCGCGGUUCGGCGGAGGCCUCCCCGGUGUCCGGCGCGGCGGGCUCUCCUCGCGCCUCGUCCCCCGUCACGCCGGGCUCACCGCGACGCUCACCACUGCGGUCGCCGAACCGAUCGCCCAACAGAUCGCCGAGACAUGAAAGGUCUGAAGCCAGCUGUCCGUCACCAGCGCCGUCGGUGGGCAGCGCCAGCUCGAGAGACGCCGCCAUGGAGCAGCGCCCCCCUCACCAUAUCUUCUCACCCUUCGACCAGUGAGUAUUAUAUUCUGAUCAUACAUUAAUAUACAACGCGAGAGAGAAAAAGUGAUAGUUCCUUUUUAUACAUAUCAGCGAUACCAAGUAAACACACUUUUAUGAAGAGUGUUAAUAUACGAACUAAAAAAGGGACAAAAAAUUGAGACUUUAUCCGAAUGUUUUCUUUAAAUAGACUAUCUGUUGCGCGCGAAUUUGUCCGCGUUGUUAUGAAGAUAUAUGUUAGGA